UGCCUGGCCGCCCUUUCCCCCAACCCCAUCAGGCCGGGCUGGCUGCCCACUUCUGUUCACCAUGGAGCUGGGUUUCCCUGGGGACCAGUGGACUGACCCAGCCCCGCCCCCUCAGCCCCUCCUGGCCACAGCUCACACUGGGAGGAGGGGUGGAGGCUGGGCUGCCUCCUGGACCCCUGCCCCCCUCGGCCUGCCUUCCAGAACCUGGGCUGGGAGCAAGAAGCAGUGGCUGCCCUUGGAGGAGGUCCUGGAGGCAGCUCUAGCUGGGAUGGUGGCUCCAGCAUCUCUAAGGGCCGUGGGGGGUCCAGCCCCACUAGGGGCACUCUAGGCCUCCCACAGCCCACCACCUGUUCCCCUGCCCUCUGCCCAUCCACGGGCCACUCGCCAUGGGCGGCUGCUUCUCCAAGCCCAAGCCAGUGGAGCUCAAGAUCGAGGUGGUGCUGCCUGAGAAGGAGCGGGGCAAGGAGGAGCUGUCGGCCAGUGGGAAGGGCAGCCCCCGGGCCUACCAAGGCAAUGGCACAGCCCGCCACUUCCACACUGAGGAGCGCCUGCCUGCCCCUCACCCCUACCCGGGCACUCAGGACUGCGUGGAGGCCGCCGUCUGCCAUGUCAAGGACCUAGAGAAUGGCCAGAUGCGGGAAGUGGAGCUGGGCUGGGGGAAGGUAUUGCUGGUGAAGGAGAAUGGGGAGUUCCAUGCCCUGGGCCACAAGUGUCCACACUAUGGUGCGCCCCUGGUGAAAGGUGUGCUGUCCCGGGGCCGGGUACGCUGCCCGUGGCAUGGCGCCUGCUUCAACAUCAGCACUGGGGACCUGGAGGACUUCCCUGGCCUGGACAGUCUGCACAAGUUCCAGGUGAAGAUUGAGAAGGAGAAGGUGUACGUCUGGGCCAGCAAGCAGGCCUUGCAGCUGCAGCGAAGGACCAAGGUGAUGGCCAAGUGCAUCUCUCCAAGCGCUGGCCACAGCGGCAGCACCAACGUGCUCAUUGUGGGCGCAGGUGCAGCCGGCCUGGUGUGUGCGGAGACGCUGCGGCAGGAGGGCUUCUCAGACAGGAUCGUCCUGUGCACCUUGGACCGGCACCUCCCCUACGACCGGCCCAAGCUCAGCAAGUCCCUGGAUGCACAGCCUGAGCAGCUGGCCCUAAGGCCCAAGGAGUUCUUCCGAGCAUAUGGCAUCGAGGUGCUCACCGAGGCCCAGGUGGUCACAGUGGAUGUGCGAAACAAGAAAGUCGUGUUCAAGGAUGGCUUCAAGCUGGAGUACAACAAGCUGCUGCUGGCACCAGGGAGCAGCCCGAAGACCCUGAGCUGCAAAGGCAAAGAGGUGGAGAACGUGUUCACUAUCCGGACACCUGAGGACGCCAAUCGCGUGGUGAGGCUGGCCCGGGGCCGCAACGUGGUGGUCGUGGGAGCCGGCUUUCUGGGGAUGGAGGUGGCCGCCUAUCUGACUGAGAAGGCCCACUCAGUGUCCGUGGUGGAGCUGGAGGAGACGCCCUUCAGAAGGUUCCUGGGGGAGCGUGUCGGUCGUGCCCUCAUGAAGAUGUUUGAGAACAACCGGGUCAAGUUCUACAUGCAGACGGAGGUGUCGGAGCUGCGGGCCCAGGAGGGAAAGCUGAAGGAGGUCGUGCUGAAGAGCAGCAAGGUUGUGCGGGCCGACGUCUGUGUGGUGGGCAUUGGCGCGGUGCCCGCCACGGGCUUCCUGAGGCAGAGCGGCAUCAGUCUGGAUUCCCGAGGCUUCAUCCCUGUCAACAAGGUGGAGCUGGGUGGGCUGGGCAGGUUGCUGGGCUGGGGGUGGUGGGAGGUCCAGGUCAGGGCCCCCGUCCCACCCACGGAGCCCUGGGCCCUCUCCCCACAGAUGAUGCAGACCAACAUCCCAGGCGUGUUUGCGGCUGGUGAUGCUGUCACCUUCCCCCUGGCCUGGAGGAACAAUCGGAAAGUGAAUAUCCCACACUGGCAGAUGGCUCAUGCACAGGGGCGGGUGGCGGCCCAGAACAUGCUGGCGCAGGAGGCGGAGAUCAGUACCGUGCCCUACCUGUGGACCGCCAUGUUCGGCAAGAGCCUGCGCUACGCAGGGUACGGAGAAGGCUUCGACGACGUCAUCAUCCAGGGGGAUCUGGAGGAGCUGAAGUUCGUGGCUUUUUACACCAAGUGGACAGGAGUGUGUCAGGCUCUUCAAGAAGGGGGCCUGCUGCUGGGCAGUCCUCCGGCUCAGCCGCCCUCUCCCUGCAGAGGUGACGAGGUGAUCGCUGUGGCCAGCAUGAACUAUGAUCCCAUCGUGUCCAAGGUGGCUGAGGUGCUGGCCUCAGGCCGCGCCAUCCGGAAGCGAGAGGACCGGCGAUAUGUCUUGGCUCACAGGGAAAGGAUCCUGAGCUUGCAUGCAGCAGACUUGGGCAGGCACGCUGGAGCACCAGGGACAGAGGCCAAGCCUUGGGGGCAGGUGCCAACCUCCAAUUUCCCAGGAUCCCCCACGCGAGAACCUGAGUCCUCCCAGUGCUUGCCUUGGGCUGCCUGGCUCACCUCCAGAGAGGCCUUGGCUGCCUCCAGAUGCUCACCACCCAAGGCCUCAGCUGCCACCAAGGGCUGGCCAUGGAGGCAGGACAGGCCCUGCCUCUUCUCCUGCUAUUGGGACUGGUCCCCUGUAGGGGCCGUGCAACACAUCAGACAUUAUCUUAAAAUUAAAACGCACACAUUCGCAGAUCUGUGUGACUUCCACUGUAAUUGGGCAAACACUCGUGAAGGGGAGACAGGCACAGCCACAGAAUGCUCCAUGCCACACCAAGAAGUCUGGCCUGUGAGCGCCCAGCGGAGGUAGCCCUGAUUCUUUGCCCCUCCCGGCCCCCCGCCUCCCCCUACUCCGGUUAGGAAAGGCUUUUGAAGGAAGGGCACUCCAGGUAGAGGGGACAGCACAUGCCAAGGGCUGGAGACAAGAAGUGCUUCUUCAGAGGUCAGAGGCAACUCCCGCUUGGCAGUUUGGGGGCAUUCGCCCACUUAGGGCUGUAGAGGCUGGGUCCUGAGACAGACCCCAUGCUCCUCAGGGCAGCCAGAGCUUCCGGAAUCCCCAUUUCUCAGGUAAAGAAGCUGAGGCUCUGCUAUUAAGUAGCAAUGACAAUCCAGAGCUUCUGCGCCACUCUACCUCCCAGCCAAUAGGAAUGCCGAGGGGAGACGCUGGGGGCCCGAACUGAGGGCGCAAGCAGGAAGGGGAGAGCUAGGCUCCCUG